AUCAUCAUCGUUUGUUAUAUCAAUACAAGGGUUGCAUUAAUCAUGGCCACGGUUCAUGUUUUCCUAGUGUUCUUGUUAAUGAACACCAUGAUUCUAUGCAAUUCCCAACUGUCCCCUUCCUUUUACGACAACACGUGCCCUAAUGCCCUCGCAACCAUAAGGACUUCCAUUAGGACAGCUGUAUCGCGUGAGCGUCGCAUGGCUGCAUCCAUCGUCCGCCUACAUUUUCACGAUUGCUUUGUUCAGGGAUGCGACGCUUCAAUCUUGUUGAGCGAACAAGCUGCUCCCAACAGCGAGAGGCUCGCGAUUCAGAAUGCCAAUUCCGCUAGAGGUUUUGAGGUUAUCGACGCUGCCAAGGUUGAGGUGGAAAGAGUUUGUCCCGGUAUUGUUUCUUGUGCCGAUAUUCUUGCUGUAGCAGCACGUGAUGCCUCUGUUGCAGUUGGUGGUCCAUCAUGGACAGUAAAACUUGGAAGAAGAGAUUCUACCGAAUCAAAACGUUCUCUAGCUGAAGCUAACUUGCCACGUUUUACUAGCAGCCUUCAGACACAUAUUGAUAAUUUUCGUGGAAAGAAUCUCAACGUGAGGGAUUUGGUAGCCUUAUCAGGUUCCCACACAAUUGGUCAGGCACAAUGUGUAACAUUUCGCGGAAGAAUAUACGACAACACCAGCGAUAUUGACGCAGGCUUUGCAAGCACCCGUCGACGUGGUUGUCCUAACACUGCCGGUGAGGGGGAUGGAAAUCUUGCACCUCUUGAUUUGGUGACACCGAACUCUUUUGAUAACAAUUACUUCAAGAAUCUUAUUCAAAAGAAAGGUCUUCUUCAAUCUGAUCAAAUACUUUUUAGUGGAGAAGAAACCGAUAGUAUUGUCACUGAAUACAGUAAUAACCCGGCUACUUUCAGUGCUGAUUUUGCCAAUGCCAUGGUGAAAAUGGGCGAUAUCAGCCCUCUCACCGGGAACAGUGGAAUCAUAAGGACAGUUUGCAGCAGUCUUCCCUAAGAGAUAUUUAAAAGUUCUUUUGUUUUCAUUUUCAUCUCCGAAAAUCAAGUUUUAAGGAGGGUUGAAAAUCAAGUUUUAAUUUGGGUUGUUUUGGUCAUUUAAUGUUGUUGUUAUUUUGUUUAUCUUAUGUUAAUUUUAAACUUUGUAUUGAAUUGUAUUGUUGUAGUAGCCAAGUGGAGAAAUAAAUAACUAUGGUGAUAUUUGACA